CCCGCCGCCGCCGCGAUGGACGCCGUGGCCGACUGGGGCCUGGCCCCGCUGGCGGAGGCGGACCCAGAGAUCCACGACCUCAUCGAGCGGGAGAAGCGGCGGCAGCGCGCGGGCAUCGAGCUCAUCGCGUCGGAGAACUUCACCUCGCGCGCCGUCAUGGAGGCGCUCGGCUCCCCGCUCACCAACAAGUACUCGGAGGGCAUGCCGGGCGCGCGCUACUACGGCGGCAACGAGGUCAUCGACGAGGUCGAGGAGCUCUGCCGCGCGCGCGCGCUCCAGGCCUACAGCCUCGACCCGGCCGCCUGGGGCGUCAACGUGCAGCCCUACUCCGGCUCGCCCGCCAACUUCGCCGCCUACACCGGCCUGCUCCAGCCCCACGACCGGAUCAUGGGGCUCGAUCUGCCCUCCGGCGGCCACCUCACCCACGGGUACUACACGGCCGGGGGCAAGAAGAUUUCUGCCACCUCCAUCUACUUCGAGAGCUUGCCCUACAAGGUCAGCUCCGACACCGGGUACGUCGACUACGAUAAGCUGGAGGAGAAGGCCUUGGAUUUCCGCCCCAAGCUCAUUAUCUGCGGUGGGAGCGCCUACCCGCGCGACUGGGAUUACGCCAGGUUCAGGUCCAUCGCAGACAAGUGCGGGGCCAUGUUGCUCUGUGACAUGGCUCAUAUCAGCGGUCUCGUUGCCGCGCAGGAGGCUACUAAUCCGUUCGAAUAUUCUGAUGUGGUGACCACCACCACCCACAAGAGUCUCCGGGGGCCAAGAUCUGGUAUGAUAUUCUACAGGAAAGGCCCAAAGCCUCCCAAGAAAGGCCAGCCCGAGGGUGCUCUUUACGAUUAUGAGGACAAGAUCAACUUUGCAGUGUUUCCAUCACUCCAGGGAGGGCCUCACAACCAUCAGAUUGCUGCCUUGGCAGUCGGCCUGAAGCAGGCCAUGCAACCUGGAUUCAAGGCUUAUAUUCAGCAGGUCAAGGCCAAUGCUGUUGCCAUUGCAAACCAUCUGAUGAGCAAGGGCUACAAGCUGGUUACUGAUGGAACAGAGAACCACCUUGUUCUCUGGGAUCUUCGUCCUCUUGGCUUGUCUGGUAACAAAGUUGAGAAGGUAUGUGAUCUGAGUAGCAUUACACUCAACAAGAAUGCCGUCUUUGGUGACAGCAGUGCAUUGUCACCUGGUGGUGUCCGAAUUGGUACACCUGCGAUGACCUCGAGAGGCUUGGUCGAGAAGGACUUUGUGCAGAUCGCGGAGUACCUCCACCAGGCCGUGGUCAUCUGCCUAGACGUCCAGAAGCAGCGGGGCAAGCGCUACGUGGACUUCAUCGUGGACCUGGAGAAGAACAAGGACAUCGCGGAGCUGAGGGCGGAGGUCCAGAAGUUUGCCAUCUCGUUCGAGAUGCCUGGCUUCGAGGUGUCGGGCAUGAAGUACAAGGAUUAAAUCGUUUCCUUGCAUGCAGCAGGACAAGAAAACAUGUGACUGGUUUUUGCCGUCUCCUAUGUAGUUGCUCUGUCGUCUAGGCUGGUUAUAAUGCCGUGGGGAUUGCGUAGCCCCACAAACGUCUCUCUUACCUGGUUGACAUGGUGAUCUAUGAUUUUCGUAAUGAGGUCGGGGAGGAAUCCCUUCUACAAAAAUGGAAGAGAAUAAGAUUGUCGACUGUGCAUCUGCGGCACAGUGUUGCAAGUC